AUGGGUACCACAUCAUACCGUUCGUCACAGCAGAGGAAUCUACGAAAGCGUCGAGUCGACAUUAUGAUGACAAAUUACAUUGAUCGGCUGAGCCUGGCAGCCUUUGCUCUGCUCGCCAGCCAGGCCAGCAUCACGGGCGCCUCCAGCAUGCGCCGCGUCACUCGCUCCUCCUCCAUCGACUCCCCCUCCGCCGCCGGCCUGGUUGCCCGCGGCGCCCAACACGAACCCUGCUGGUCAGUUAUCUCCUUGAACCCCAAGGAACACGGCUGCAAGGCGGCCGAGCUCGCCGUCAACGGCACAUGUCAGCCCCUUACCUUUGGCGACGCUCUCGAAUCGUGCCUCGACGGCUGUGAGCCGGGCCAAUGGUGUGACGAAGGCAAAUGCGAGCCCAUUCAGAUCAUCCUCGACCCGCUGCAUUGCGGCGAUAUCACGCCCGUCGAACUCGCUCCCGGCGAAGUCUGCGUCAACGGCAUUGCCAUCCCUCUCGACCUCACCGAAGACCCGUACGUCUGCGGACCUGGCAAGGACAAGACCAAAGCCUGCGAUCCCGGUAACUACUGCGACAAUGGCGUCUGCACCCCCAUCACCCUCGGCUCAUCCACUAUUAUUGUCGGCACCGACCCCUACCACUGCGGCGUUGACGCUGCCACCUGCGAGCCAGGCCAGCUGUGUGUCGACGGCGGGUGCCACGAUGUUGCCGUCGGCCAGCCGCUCGACAAGUGCAAGAAAGAAGAUCUGCACCCCGGUACAUUCUGCUGGGAGUCCGAUAUUGUUCCCAUGCACAUCAGCACCUACCCUGGCAGUUGUCCUGAGGGCCAGGUCUCCGUCUCGGGUGUCUGCUUUGGCGACCUACCCAAGACUUGUCAGCCACAAGGCGGCCCUGGGUCUGGGUCUGGGUCCGGAUCGUCUUCGGGAUCUAGCUCAGGUUCUGGCAGCUCUAGCUCCGGCACGGUCAAGGGAUCCGCACAGUACGGCGGUUGGUUCCCCGAUGCUGGUUACGGAAGCGUGCAACACAACGGACAGUGGUAUAACUUUGGCCGCCCCUCGAGCUGCGGCGACAAGUCGUGCGGUCCCAACUCUUUCUGCUGCGGCAACACAUGCCUGCCGCUGGGCGGCGGCAGCGAAUUCGAGGGAUGCGGCAGUGGCUGCUCAAACGGCGAAUUCUGCUACCGCGACAGCUGUCGUCCCGUUUACAUUGGCCAGCCCGGCGGUGGACCUGACGGCGACUACGUCUUUGACUGUCCUUGCGGCGACACCGUUUGUGGACCCAACGAGGUCUGCAUUGGCGGCGCCGUCUGUGUUGACCUGACACCCGGCAAUCCUGGCAGCUGUGGCUCCUACGGAGCUUGUCCUCCUUCUUUCGUCUGCCUCAAAGAUACUUGCGUCCCCGGAGGAGGAGGAGGAGGCGACGGCGAACCCGGUGUCUGCAACCCCACCUGCGCAAAGGACGAAAAAUGCGUUGACGGCGCCUGCGUCCCGCUCACCCAGCCUGGUGGAUGCGAUCCCGCUUGCGAAGGCGACGAUAGCUGCCUCAACGGCGUCUGCAUUCCCCCUGUGGGACCCGGCUGCAGCCCUGCUUGCGGUCCGCUCUCGACGUGCGCCAAUGGCGUGUGCGUGCCCAUUGUUGGCCCCAACGUCUGCUUCCCGCCUUGCGACAGCGACGACACGUGCAUUAAUGGUGUCUGUGUCCCUGAUGCCGGCCCUGCUUGCAACCCUGCCUGCUCCGGUACCGACACAUGCAUUAAUGGUGUCUGUGUUCCUGUCGUGGGACCUGUCACCUGUGAUCCGGCUUGCGAGCCCGGCUCCCAGUGUGUUGACGGCCAGUGCGUUCCCGUCGUGGGUCCUGUGACGUGCGAACCUUCGUGUCCUCCUGGCUCGACCUGCGUCAACGGUGUCUGCGUGCCGCUCGUCGGACCCGAGACGUGCGACCCUGCUUGCACUGGCGGCGCUACAUGUCUCAACGGCGUCUGCGUCCCCCCUGUUGGCCCUGUCUGCAAUCCCACCUGUGCACCUGGGUCCGUCUGCGUCAACGGUCAGUGUGUUCCCGUUGUCGGACCUGUCACUUGCACUCCCGCCUGCGACUCUGAUGAGGUUUGCCUGAAUGGCGUCUGCGUUCCAUCAACCAACCCUCCCGGCACCUGCGAUCCAGCAUGCACAGGAGACGACUCUUGUGUCAACGGCGUCUGCGUCCCUCCUGUUGAUACCUGCACCCCAGCCUGCACUGGCCUCGAUACCUGCAUCAACGGCGCGUGUGUGCCGCCGGUCGGCCCCGUCACAUGCGAUCCGGCGUGCACCGGAACUGACACGUGCGUCAACGGCGUCUGCGUCCCCACUACCGGCCCCGUGUGCGACCCACCCUGCGGCUCCGGUGAGCUGUGCGCUAACGGCGUUUGUGUGCCGGUGACUCCACCAUCCGGAUGCAAUCCCGUGUGCGGACCCGGCUUCGUCUGCGGACCCGAGGAUACGUGUCUGCCCAUCAUCGAUCCGCCCACCUGCAAUAUCGACCCGGCGGCGGCUGUCGGUCGUCGCCAGACGGGAUCCUGCCCGCCCGGUACGACCUGUGCCAUGGGUCCCAAUGGCCCCGUGUGUGUGCCGAAUCCUCCCGACACCUGCACGAAUGAUUCCGAGUGCGACAGCGGAGAGCAAUGCGUCGAGGGUGUUUGCAUCGUCCUGCCCAACCCUGGCUUAUGCGACCCAGCUUGUACUGGGACCGACACAUGUGUCCUCGGCGUCUGUGUUCCCGCGAACCCCACGUGCACACCGGCCUGCACUGGAACCGAUACCUGCGUCAACGGCGUCUGUGUGCCGCCGACAGGACCUGGCGUCUGUGAGCCAGCUUGCGAAGCUGGUGCGACCUGUGUUCUCGGUGUCUGUGUGCCCGUCACGAACGAGUGCGAGCCUGCUUGCGUUGCGCCCGAGACGUGUCUCAACGGCGCAUGCGUGCCUAUCGUGCUCCCUACCUGUCCCAACGGGUGUCCUGCUGGUUCGACCUGCAUCAUCGGCGUUUGUGUGCCUGACCAACCGCCCACGUGCAACCCCGAGUGCGCAGAGGGCUCUACUUGCGUCCUUGGCGUCAACGGCGUCUCGGUCUGCGUGCCGGACGUGACGCCUCCCACCUGCGAACCCGAGUGUGGCGAUGGCUUCACCUGUGCCCUUGGUGUUGGAGGUGUCUCGAUUUGCGUCCCCGAUGUCGGCCCUCCCGUCUGCACUCCCGAGUGUGCUGAGGGAUCGACGUGCACCCUUGGUCUCGGAGGCGUGGGCGUCUGUGUACCCGAUGUCACGCCUCCUGCUUGCACACCUGAGUGUGGCGAAGGAUUUACCUGCGUCAUCAGCCUCGGCGGCAUCAGUGUCUGCAUUCCCGUCGUCGUGCCACCCGUCUGCAACCCUCAGUGUGGAGAUGGCUUCACGUGCGUUAUCAGCGCGCUCGGCAUCACCGUGUGCGUUCCCGAUGUCACGCCUCCUGUGUGCACUCCCGAAUGCGGCACCGGCUUUACUUGUUCGGCUGGCGCUGGCGGCGUGGGUAUCUGUAUUCCCGACGUCACGCCCCCUGUAUGCACGCCCGAGUGCGGUACUGGAUUCACUUGUGUCAUCGGAGCCGGCGGACUCAGCGUCUGCGUGCCUGAGAUUUCGCAGCCCGAGUGCAACCCCGCGUGCGGCACCGGCUUCAACUGCAUCUUCGGUGUCAACGGUGUCAGCAUCUGCGUCCCUGAUGUGACGCCUCCCACGUGCACCCCUGAGUGCGGUGAAGGCUUCACCUGCGCCCUCGGUGUGGGCGGCGUUGGCGUCUGCAUUCCCGAUACCAACCCAGGCUGUGAGCCGGCCUGCAGCAAUGGCCAGACUUGUGUCGCCAAUACCUGCGUCCCGGCCACCUGCAACCUGCCCACCGUCAGUGGUCUCGCCCUCGACAAGCGUCAGCAGGGCGACUGUCCUGAGGGCUUUACCUGUGCUGUCGGCGCUGGCGGCACUGGCAUCUGUGUGCCGACCGUCAAUCCCGAUGUCUGCAACCCGACCUGUGCUGCAGGCUCGACCUGUAUCAACAACGUCUGCGUUCCUGACACAUGCACCAUUCCCAACGAAAGCAUCGGUAUCUUGAAGCGUCAGACACAAGGAACCUGCCCUGACGGCUUCAACUGCGUCAUCGGCGUUGGCGGCGUUGGCGCCUGUGUGCCUGAUCUCGGCCCUGAAGUGUGCAACCCGGUCUGUGGCCCUGGCUUCACCUGUGUCGACGGACAGUGCGUGCCUCAGACGUGCACCAUCAGCAUCGGCGUCAACCUUCUCAAGAGACAGACACAAGGUGAUUGUCCCGAUGGAUUCGUUUGCGCCCUUGGCGUAGGCGGCAUAUCCAUCUGCAUCCCCGACCUGACGCCACCGACUGGUUGCACUCCCGCUUGUACCACAGGCCAGACUUGUGUCAACAACGCCUGUGUGCCGCAGACGUGCAUCAUCGAAGUGGGCUUGCGGCUCGGUAAACGCCAAUCCCAGGGUAACUGUCCCGAUGGCUUCCUCUGCGUCGCUGCUGUUGGUGGCGCGACAAUCUGCGUACCAGAUCUCACGGGCCCUGAGACUUGCACCCCGGCUUGCACGGGUGAUACUACCUGCGUCAGCGGUGUCUGCGUGCCGAAUACGUGCACAGUCACACUCGACAUCAGCAAGAGACAGACCCAGGGUGACUGUCCCAACGGCUUCAACUGUAUUGGAAGCGUCUGCGUUCCUGUCGUUACCCCUCCCGUCUGUUCGCCCACUUGCAACGCUGGUUCGACAUGUGUCGGCGGUAUCUGCGUGCCAAACACGUGCACACUGCCUCUGUUCCGUCGCUUCGACAAGCGCCAGAGCCAGGGUGACUGUCCUGAAGGCUUCGUCUGUACUGUUCCCGCUGGAGGUGGUCCCAGUGUCUGUUUGCCUGCUACAACACCAGAGACCUGCAACCCAACCUGUGCGGCCGGCUCCCUGUGUGUGGGCACGACGUGCGUACCUCUCGGGUGCACAAUUCCCGCCCCUACCCUCAAGAUGGCGAAGCGUCAGUCCCAGGGCACCUGUCCCGAAGGCUCGGUCUGUACGAUUCUCACAGGCGACAGUGGAACUUGCACGCCCGAGGUUCCCAACACCUGCACGCCAGACUGCCCGACAGGAACCACCUGCAUCGCCGGCCAGUGUCUUCCCCAGAUCUGCACCCUCCCCGAGUUGACGAGGUUCACAAUGAAGCGCCAGGUCCAGGCCGACUGUCCCGACGGCUUCACCUGCACUGUCGCCACCGGCAACACGGGAAUCUGCACACCUACCGUGCCCGCCACCUGCACACCCGCCUGCGGAACCGGAACCACCUGCGUCGGCACCGUCUGUGUGCCGCAGUCCUGCACCGUCUCUGUGGCCAUCCCCAGGGCGAAGCGCCAGGUCCAAGGAGACUGUCCUGAAGGCUUCGAGUGCGACUCUAUCGUCGGCGGUGUCGGAACCUGUCAACCCGUGACGCAGCCGACCAACUGCGGUGAUACUGGCGGGCCCUGUACUGGUGGGCUCAUCUGCGUCGAUGUCGACGUCGGCGGCAUUUCUGCUGACGUCUGCAUUCUGCCACAAUUCUGCGUUCCCGUUCUCAAUACUGGCUGUGACGCAGGCGAGACGUGUCGCCUUCAGGUCGGAGGCGGUGGAUUGACGGCCUGUGUCCCGGAUACCCCUACCGGCCUCACUUGUACGCCGGCUUGCGGCUCGACCGAGACGUGUACCGCUCCUAUCAGCGGCACCGGGCCUAACACUUGUGAGCCGAACAACACGCCGGCUAACUGCGGUGAUACCGGUGGACCUUGCGAUAGCGGCCUGAUUUGUGUCGACGCCGACGUUGGUGGUAUCUCUGCCGAUAUUUGUAUCCUCCCGCGUGUGUGCAUCCCCAUCGGCAACACUGGUUGUGAUGUAGGCGAGACGUGUCGCCUUCAGAUUGGAGGCGGCAGCCUGACGGCAUGCGUGCCAAAUACUCCUGUCGGCCUCACUUGUACGCCGGCUUGUGGCUCUACCGAGACUUGCACAGCGCCAGUCAGCGGCACAGGACCCAACACCUGUGAGCCCAAUACCGCGCCAGUCAACUGUGGUGAUACCGGUGGGCCUUGCGAGAGCGGAUUGAUCUGCGUCGACGCUGACGUUGGUGGCAUUUCUGCCGAUAUCUGUAUCCUUCCACGAGUCUGUAUUCCCGUGACCAACUUUGGUUGCACCGCAGACGAGACAUGCCGUCUCCAGCUCGGAGGUGGUAGCCUGACGGCCUGUGUGCCAAAUGCUCCUGUUGGCCUCACCUGCACACCGGCUUGUGAUUCCACUGAGACUUGCACAGCGCCUGUCAGCGGCACCGGGCCCAACACUUGCGAGCCGAACACGGUAACGCCGGCCAACUGCGGCGAUACCGGUGGACCCUGCACUGGUGGACUCAUCUGUGUUGAAGCCGAUGCUGGUGGCAUCUCCGCUGACAUUUGCAUCCUCCCACGAGUCUGUGUUCCCGUCAUCAACUUUGGCUGCGAUACAGGUGAGACAUGUCGUCUACAGCUCGGCGGCGGCUCACUCACGGCAUGCGUACCUGAUACCCCUCCCGCCGGACUUACCUGCACACCGGCUUGCGACUCUGGCGAGACCUGCACAGCGCCUGUGAGCGGCACUGGACCUAAUACUUGCGAGCCAAACACGGUAACGCCGGCCAACUGCGGCGACACUGGCGGCCCAUGCAGUGGUAGUCUCAUCUGUGUUGAAGCCGAUGCUGGUGGCAUCUCCGCUGAUAUUUGUAUCCUCCCACGAGUCUGUGUUCCCGUCACCAACUUUGGCUGCGAUACAGGUGAGACAUGUCGUCUCCAGCUCGGUGGCGGCUCACUGACCGCAUGCGUACCCGAUACCCCUCCUGCUGGACUUACGUGCACACCGGCUUGCGACUCUGGCGAGACCUGCACAGCGCCUGUCAGCGGCACCGGGCCUAAUACCUGCGAGCCCGAUACGAUCACGCCGGCCAACUGCGGCGACACUGGCGGCCCUUGCAGCGGUAGUCUUAUCUGUGUUGAGGCCGAUGUCGGCGUCGCCUCUGCUGAUUUCUGCAUCCUCCCACGAGUCUGCACUCCUAUUACCAACUUUGGUUGCGAUACAGGUGAGACGUGCCGCCUCCAGCUCGGCGGUGGCAGUCUCACGGCCUGUGUGCCUAGCACAUCGAACACGGGCCCGGUCUGUACCCCGGGAUGUCUGGCCACCGAGACUUGCACGGCACCAACCAACGGCGAAGGCCCGAAUACCUGCGAGCCGAACAACACACCUGCCGCAUGUGGCGAUACUGGUGGCCCUUGCAGUGGUAGCCUUAUCUGUGUUGAAGCUGAUGUCGGCGUCGCUUCUGCUGACUUUUGUAUUCUUCCACGACUAUGCGUACCUGUUACCAACUUUGGUUGCGAUUCAGGCGAAACGUGCCGCCUCCAGCUUGGCGGUGGCAGUCUCACGGCCUGCGUGCCCAGUACGUCGAAUACGGGCCCUGUCUGCACCCCAGGAUGCCUGGCAACCGAGACGUGCACUGCACCCGUGAGCGGCACCGGGCCCAACACCUGCGAGCCGAACGAAGUCACGACGCCCCAGCCCCUCGUCUGCACGCCCGGCUGCACGUCCACCCAGACGUGCACUGCGCCCAGCAGCGGAACAGGCCCGAACACGUGCGUGUCGAACAACUCGCCGGCGACGUGCAAUGCUGGCGGGGGUUGCGACUCGGGUCUCAUCUGUGUCGCUGCCGGUCUUGGCAGCGCAUCGGUGAACGUUUGCAUCCUUCCCAACCUCUGUGUGCCUGGCCUCAAUAUCGGUUGUAGCGGCGGCCAGAGAUGUGUGCUUUCCCUCAGCGGUGGCGGCCUUACAGCAUGUGUCUCCUGA